CAAUAACUGGUGUAAUAAUCAUUUUUCAAUUAGUAAGACUGAAGAUGAAUGCAUUGGGGAGUCCAAGACAGUUCAUUGCAAGAUGCAGUGUGGGUGCAAGGCUUCAUACCAGUGCAUCACUUCAGGAAAUACAGAAAUUAACACGUUUGCGUGUUGUGGAUAACAGCAAGCUAGGGAAGGCAGCUAUGAUGGAAGGAAGGCCACCCAGAUGUAUUCACAUAUACAAUAAGAAAGGCAUUGGUUAUACAGGUGACAAGGUGCUGGUUGCCAUAAAAGGUCAAAAGAAGCAAGCGAUACUCACCGGUUGUCAUCAGAAUCAGAAACCACUGAUGCCCAAGUUUGAUAGUAAUAACAUCGUUUUAAUUGAUGAAAGUGGUUCUCCAAUUGGUAGCAGGAUACUUGUUCCCAUUCCAACAAUGCUUCGCCACAAACUUACUGAUAUGUCACGACCUAAGGGGGCAGAUUAUACGAAAAUCUUAUCAAUUGCAACAAGGUUUGUGUAAAAGAAUGUUUAUAAAAAAUAUAUUGUAUGAAUAAAUAAGUUUUCAUCAA